GGAUCGGGUGUCAUCCCGAGACUCGAACGAAAAUGGAGAGCCUUCGAUUUUUCCUCGGCCGAGCGACGACUAGGCUAAGCUAGGCUAGGCUAGGCUAGGCUAGGCUAGGCCUAGCCCGCAGAGCCUGUUACUCGUUUUACAGACACGCUUAACUUGCUUAACUCGGGGGGCACGGAAACACAGCCAUGUGCGCACACCGGUCGUGGCCCAGAUCCCGCCGUCUCGAAAAAUCCACCCCGUUUCGUUACGUGAUCUAUAAUACCAACUGUAUAAUACCAGCUACAUCUCAAGAUAUAUAAGAGCCGAUCUAGGACGAGGCGUCUCAUAGUCUCGAGCGGUGGUCCGACGAUAGUCGAGGGAGAAGAGAACGGUGAGACAAUCGUCGAGACACACGUUGCCUGACGCCUCUUCGGAAGCCGGAAGCAGCAGCACCGAACAGACCUCACCAGAUAGAAGAAUCACCGAUAGAAGACGAUCCGUCAUGGGACCAGUCGUCGGUUUGCUAUUGGCAGGCCUGGUUUCUGCGGCCCUGGCCAAGCCGGGGCUGCUGUCCGCGCCGUUGAUCGCCACUCUGACAUCCACGGCUGCCGUCGGGCCCGACGGAAGGGUCCUCGACACUCCGGAAGUCGCCGUGGCCAAGGCGGAACACGCGGCCGCCCAUUUGAACGAGAGACUGAGGCUGGCCGACGCGGCUGCCAGGUCGGUAAGCGCGCAAUCGAUCCAGCUGAUCGCUUCACCGGCUGCUCUUCUUGUACCCGGCGCACCCAUAGGGCCCGACGGAAGGGUGGUAGACACGCCGGAAGUCGCCGUGGCCAAGGCGGCCCACGCUGCUGCCCAGGCGAACGAGAGGGCCAGCUUGGCGAACGAGGCUGCCAGAUCCGCCGCUGCCGAUCUUAACAGAUCUCUAGUUGUGGCGAACGCGAUAGUGUCGCCAGCGGCGCUGCAGGCGGCCACGGUGGGCCCGGACGGAAGAGUGCAAGACACACCGGAAGUGGCGGCGGCGAAAGCGGCCCACGCGGCCGCUCAGAUCAACGAGAGGGUGAACCUGGCGAACGAGGCGGCGAGAUCGUCGGCCACGUUGGUCGCCGCUGGCCCCGCAGCAGCGGUGGCUGUCCCCUUGACGGUGGCGGUUCCUGGCGCGCCGCUCGGCCCGGACGGCAGGGUGCAGGACACGCCGGAAGUGGCCGCGGCCAGGGCUGCCCACGCGAACGCCCACCUCAACGAGAAGCUGAACCUGGCGAACGAGGCGGCCAGGUCUGCCGACGUUGUUGCUGUUGCUGGCCCUGCACUCGCCUACGGACGGCUCGUUAUCUAAUAGGGAUCCGGAUCAUCCGCUGAAACACGUUCACCGCGGCUCCUUCCGACGAACGAUCGCGAAUAUGAAUUUUCGGGGAAAAAGAAGCUUCGCAGUAACCCAUAUAGAGCAGAGUUUACACGUAGACGUAAAGGUUUAAUACACACGAAUACACACACUCACUCACUCACACGUAUAAGACACAUACUGACAGGUAGAGAUAGUUUUCUUUUCUAUGAAGAUAACAAUAUUGUUAGAGUAUAUAUAUUAUAUAUAUAUAUCUAUAAACGUAUCUGUAGCAGUGAACGUGUUAAGUUGAAAACUCGUGGAUAUUACUUGUUAGUGGGAUUAAGUAUGACAAGCUGCGAGUUGUUGGAGAGGGGACAUGGCGCAUCGAUCGAACGAUUUACGAUUUCUAGUGUUCUCUUUGUUUUCUCUCUCUCUCUCUCUCUCCCUUUGUUUCUCUUUCUUUCUUUCUUUCUUUCUUUCUUUGGCUGACUUUACGAUUACGGCACCUUCCUGUUUAUUCCUUGGAAUAAUGGAAAUUGAACGUCUCGGUUUUGCUUUUUGUCGUCGGGUUGCGAGGUCGUCGAAACUGCCACAGCGAGGUGAACGAUGAUUGUAGACUGGAUUAAUAAAGAGAAUUUCGAGAAA